AGUCGAUCUCGCGUAACGAUUCGAUCGCGAGCUAGCCGAUCCCACCUCGACGUCCUAUAAAAGAUGUCACAGAAGGGACAAGACGGCAGUGCCAUGUGCGAAAACGACAUGUCCACAUCGAAAAGCAGCUCCCUGUUGCGGCUGAACCAAGAGUGUCGGAGGGUAUCCGGUGAUUGGCAGGAUCAGGACACCGAUUCGGAGAUCAGCGAGACCGAUUUUCUCACCAAGGGAGCGUUCCUAUUGACGCCGAGCCAUGAGCUCAGUAUCGAGAAAGCGGCUACCAUUUGCGAGAAGAUGAAUUUUCGUGGCGCGUUCUCCUUGACGAAAACGGCCACCGGUAUACUCUUCAAGUUCAGCAACAUCGACGAUUUUCAGGCGGUCUACAAAAAGGGCUUCCACAAAGUCACCGGGGCACGCUUCUACAAGAAGGUCGCCGUACCCUGUAGACCGGCAAAGACAUUCACUGUCUACGUUUUGGACGUACCUGAAGAAUUACCCGAAGAAGAUAUUAGGCACGCUCUCUACAAGUACCGGUCUAUAGUUGAAGUUACGCGGCUACCACUUAACACGGGCACUGUUUUGAAAGCGAUCAACGACAAGCUGAAAAGCGACGCUCACAACCAGAACGAGCCGGCUACGAUUUACACCGGACCACCCGUUAUAAGGGUUACCCUGGCCAGCGUGGAGGAGACCUCGACGUUGCUCAGCCGUGGUUUGGAUUUUUAUGGGGCCACAUAUUUCCCCACCGAAACGCCCCAUCCAGCUGUUCAACCCCUAGCCAAAUACAAAAACAACAGGUGGUUCGAGCUGGCGGCCAUCGGCGCCGGACAAAGAGUCAGGGACCUACUUCCGGUCUUCGACAACGCCGGUUUCAACAAAUUGCCACCUCCGGCCAGCCGGCUGAUAAAACCGCAAAGAAACUGACACGUUCCCUCGACUUCUUUCAU